UUAGGAGCUUCAUUCAGUAAUCAUUCAGUCAAUAAGAAUCCCCAUGAUGAUUCUAAGAUUGAGAUUGGAAGGACGGCCCCCGCUGGAAUGCCUCCGUUGAAACCUCCCCCUGGUAGGAUGAUUACUUCCGAAGCUCCUGCUACGGCAGCCUCAGCCCCACCCCCACCUCCGCCUCCAGCAAAGCCAUCAACUCCCGCACCACCUCCACCACCAGUUAAGCCUAUUGGGCCACGUCCCUGUGCCCCUGGACCUCCCCCUCCACCACCUAUAAAGCCUGGUCCUCGACCACCACCUCCAGGCAGUGGUCCACCUCGGCCACCUUCGACGGGCUUGAAGCCACCUCGACGUUCUCCUGCUGUUCCAAAUGCAUCCGCAACUGGCGCAGAAGAUACCGAUGCUUCCAAAACUAAGCUUAAGCCUUUCUUCUGGGAUAAGGUUCAAGCCAACACUGACCAAUCAAUGGUUUGGGAUCAAGUCAAGGCAGGAUCUUUCCAGUUCGAUGAAGAGCAAAUAGAGAGUCUAUUUGGAUAUGCCUCUGCUGAUAAAAAGAAGAAUGGGUCAAAGAAAGAAUCCUCCCAAGGUGCUUCAAAUCUAUAUAUUCAAAUUAUUGAUCAGAAGAAAGCACAGAAUUUAUCUAUUCUUCUUAAAGCCUUAAACGUGACAACUGAAGAAGUUUGUGAUGCACUGAAAGAAGGAAAUGAGCUUCCUUCUGAACUCAUACAAACUUUGCUUAAGAUGGCACCAACAGCGGAGGAAGAACUGAAGCUAAGGCUCUAUAGCGGGGAUCUUUCUCGGCUUGGGCAGGCAGAGCGGUUCCUGAAAGCAUUGGUUGAGGUUCCAUUUUCAUUCAAGAGGCUAGAAACGUUGCUUUUCAUGUGCACUCUUCCGGAUGAGGCAUCAAUUAUUAAAGAAUCAUUUUCCACCUUGGAGGCUGCUUGCGCAGAACUCCGGAAUAGCAGGCUGUUUCUCAAGCUCCUUGAGGCUGUUUUGAAAACAGGCAAUCGUAUGAAUGAUGGAACAUUUCGUGGUGGUGCACAAGCAUUUAAACUUGACACGCUUCUGAAAUUAUCGGAUGUAAAAGGAAUAGAUGGGAAAACUACAUUGCUGCAUUUUGUUGUUCAGGAGAUAAUCCGCUCAGAAGGUAUACGAGCUGCUCGUGCUGCCAGGGAUCAACGGAGUAUGUCUAGCAUCAAGUCCGAUGAUCUACUCGAGGAUUUGCCUCAGGAUUCAGAAGAUUACUAUCGGAGUACUGGUUUACAGGUUGUCUCCGGUUUGAGUAGUGAUCUUGAAAAUGUGAAAAGAGCUGCAAUUCUAGAUGCAGAUAACUUGACAGGCACAGUGGCCAAACUUGGCCAUGCACUUAUAAAAGCGCGUGAUUUCCUAAAUUCAGAGAUGAAGAACAUAGAUGAUGAAGAUGGGUUUCACCAGACCAUGAAGAACUUUGUGCAGAAUGCUGAAGGCGAAGUCAUGUCGUUGCUUGAGGAAGAAAAGCGAAUUAUGGCUCUUGUUAAGAGCACGGGUGAUUAUUUCCACGGAAAUGCUAAGAAGGAUGAAGGUUUGCGAUUGUUUGUAAUUGUAAGGGAUUUUCUGGUUAUAUUGGAUAAGGUAUGCAGAGAGGUGAAAAAUGCUCCAAGAAAGCUAAAUAGCACACCAAGGAAAGAACAUGUAGCCGUUACAACUUCAGAAUCCACUCUUUCACCGCGACCUGAUCAAUCAACCCAUUCACCACGACCUGAUCAGCGUCAGAAGCUCUUUCCGGCUAUCUCAGACAGGCGAAUUGAUGAUUCUAGUUCGGAUGAUGACGCUCCUUGAGUACAUUUUUCCCAACAGGGAUCUGAAUACAAGUACAACAACAACAAUCAUGCCUCAAUCUCAAGCAAGUUGAGGUCGGCUAUAUGAAUUUGUAUUGUCCAUGUCGCUCCAUUUAAGCCCGUCUCAGUCCAAUAACUGCUUAGGAAUCUUAGAACAUGGGCUAAAAUAUUCUUUCGUUAUAGAACCGGGGCGUGGUAACAUGGAAGAGAUUGACUCGUUGCUUGGUAGGCUAACUUGAGCGGAGCAGAGACCUGAGAAAAGCUAUGCCUUCAGAGAUGAUCUGCUACAUGGCUCUACAUCAAUGUACCUAAAAAGUAGCUAGGAUCAUUCAAUUUAUUCUUUGUAAUUAUUUUUUGUCAAUUUUGUGCUGAUAAUUCUUCAUUCGAAUGGAAGUAGCCUGUGCAUUAUUUAUUGAUCGUGUUUGCAAGAGAGAA